CUUCAUUUGGGUUCAUAAAACUGCAUGAACAAUACUGCGCCUGAGUUCAGCCUGUCAUGAUUCUCGAUUAUCGUAUCGUACCAUUGCAGUCGUAGAGCCAAUCAGAAGAAUGGCUGGAAAUUUACCCAUCAUGCAUUAUUUCAAACAAAUUUCGGUUGACUGUUUACGUUGAGUCAAAAAGUGGAGAUUGUCGUUCACGCACGUGAAGACUGAUCCAAAGAAAGUUAUUGAACUGUAGACGCUCGGUGUGAUAUUAUGGAGGAUAAUCAGUUCAGAUAUAAAAAAAAGAGGCCAGGGUUCGGAAACGUCCAGGUAGGACGCGUUUUAAGAGAAGUAGCACAGCAGGAAAAUCGUCGGAAAAGACGUUCCGCCUUAUACAAUUUUGGUCGAGGAAUCGCGGAAUCAGCCUCUCCUGUGCCGGUCAUUCCAGCAGCUGAAACUCGAACAGAAUCUCAAAUUCUCGAAGAUGACAGGAGAAUCAAACUCCUAAGAUGGAAAGCUGAAAAAGAAUUACAAAAGAAGAUGCAGGUGCAGUUUCGGAAACCGGUGUUCCGUGCAGGGGUUUAUCAUCACAAACUGAAUUCCCCGAUAUAUUUGCAUCAAGUACGACCAGCAGCUAAACAAUCCAAAGUCAAAUCUCCAGUCCGAAGAAUUACCAGAGCUACUGCUAAGAGACUUGCAGCAAAGGCAGAAGGCACUUUGCAUCCAACAGCGCCCACCUCAGUUUCAGUUACUCGUACCGCCAAGCAUCGUGAAGUACAAAAAAAUUCUAGGGCACCUUCCCCAAAAACUCCGCUUGAAACUUCGUUUGCUCCAAAAAAUCAUCAGUUUAAAGCCCCAGAUGGGCUUCCUUGUGUACCGUUGUUUGGACAAGCAGCUUUAACUAGUUUUAAAAAAGAUUCCACCAAUGUCUCCUAUUUCUCUCCAUAUGUGGUUGUAGUUCGUGGUAAAACAGCUGCACAAGAGGAACAUCCUAACCAAAUGGAAGCAUCAAUAACUGAGUACCUACCCAAAGAAGAGUUGAUUGACGAUGCCGAUUCACAAAGCACAAAAACAUGUACUGAAGAAGUAGGGAAUACGCCAUCGUACUUUAUUCGUAUGACUGAGAAUGUAAUAAGUACAUUAAGAGCGAUGUGUUCUUUAUGGGAGGUGGUACGAUCGGAUACAAAUGUUCCUGAAGAAGCCCAGCUACUGAUUAAUCAAACUAUUGGCCAGACCAAUUUAUUGAUUGAUAAAAAAUUUAAACAAUUCAAAAACUUAGUUUCUGACUGUGAGAGUGGACGUGGAGAGAAAAAAGUAACUUGUGAAGAUCUGCAGGGAUUCUGGGACAUGGUGUACAUGCAAGUUGAAGAUUGUAACUCUCGAUUUGAUAAGCUUGUGAAAUUGAAGGAUCGAAAUUGGGCAGAAGAGCAGGAGGAGAAACCAAAAAAAGCAAAAAAAAUAGUAGUGAAAAGAGCAACGUCCAGGAGAAAUACAGUGUCAUCCAAACCCAGUUCUGUACGAGAUAUGAUACGAGCUGCUCGGAAAAAAAAAAAGGAAUCUCAGGAUAGGAACGAAGACUAUGAACCUGCCGAAGAAAACUCCAAAGAAAAUUGUGAUCCAAGUACUCCGGGACAGAGAAAGCCAAGGAAAUCAACCAGAAAGAGUGUCAGAUUUACAGGGGACGACUGCACCGCGUGUUCGGAGUUGAAACCGGUUUACAGUAUGACACCUCGCGUGAAACGGAGUUCAAAAAAAUUCCGUGAUAAGUCUGAAACUCCAAAAAAAAGCGAUCGAAGUCGGAGAACCCCGGCGAAGAGUGUUGUCGAAGAUUUGAUUGUUUUCGAAACACCAACAAAACCACCACCGAGAGUGAGGAGAUCUGCCAGAUUACAGAGCGCUGAGAUAUCAAACUGAUUUCCAUAUUUAUUACCGCAUUAAUGCUAUGUAUAUUUUAUGAUUUGCUGGAUUACCAUAUAAAAUAAUUUUUAUCAAAAGUCACGGUGAAGAGCACAAUGAAUUACCAUCUGCGCAUAGAAUCAUUCCAGUGCAGUAAUAUACUUGUUAGUUAUGUUUCUUGUGGAUCUCAGAUACGUCUACAUAUUUGAUCCAAAGAACUAUGCAGAAAUAAAUGGGUAAUGAUAGCCAACUGGCGUUAGUACGAGUACUACGAA